AUGGCAACAAAUGCCAAACCUCGGGCUAUGAGGCCCCGAGCUGUCCCUCCGCCGAGACCCACGAUUCCGCAACGAAAACCGAUCGAUCCAUCUAACCCAACGUACAAGAAGGCUGCUGGGAAUUAUAUGCGCUUCAUGAUUGCUAUGCCGAUAUUACUAGUGACCUCAUGGAAGCGGCGGGCGCCGGAGCAAGCAAAUCAUGAGAACAGUCACAAUCACUACAUAAUAUCUAUCAAUCACAAGAGCCAACAUUGCAUCUACCACUGCGCCAUACCCUUCUGA